UGUACCUCUUCUUGGAAUACUGUGAGCAUGGCCCACUUCAAAAUUACUUGGUGGAAAACCGAUCCCAGUUUUCGCUUAAAGGACAGGAUCCUUCCCAGAAUGGAGAUUACGAAAAUAAUCUGGGACACGGAUGUAAAAUAAGUUUACAAGAUUUGUAUCGUUGGAGCAGUGAGAUUGCAUCCGGUAUGAAUUAUCUUGCGGAAAGAAAGGUAUUUCAUGGUGACUUGGCUGCACGGAAUGUACUCCUGGAUUCUUCAUUGAAAGCAAAAGUGUCUGAUUUCGGCCUCUCGAGGAGACUUUACGAACGAUAUGAGUAUGUGAAGCAGUCUAGGGAACCUCUACCGUGGAGGUGGAUGGCCCUGGAGUCACUGAGAGAUUUGACCUUUUCCACGGAGAGCGACGUCUGGUCAUUUGCAAUCACACUUUGGGAAAUAUUCUCACUCGGUCAAGUUCCGUACUCGGGAAUUCAGUAUACUUCCGAAUUUGUGGAAUUACUAGAGACAAAUUUCCGUUUAUCAAAACCACAAUAUUCAUCAAUGAAGAUGUAUAAUUUGAUGCUUCAGUGUUGGCACAACGAACCAAGUGAACGACCAGCCUUUUAUGAUAUUGUAGACGCAAUGAUCAACAUUAUGAACUAGGUGAUUCUGUGGCACCCCAUUAAAUUCAUAUAUUUAUGAAAUAUAUUAUAGGACUAAUUUGCAAACCGUUAAUUUAAUCGGCACAGAAAUUGAGGAUUUGCAGUUUGUUAACGGAACAAAGCCUUCACAGAUUAGCAAUAAACUAAAGUAUUGAUUAAUAAGUUAGACAACGGCAGUUGUGCGUGACAUAUAUACAUAUGCGAUGA